AAACACAGCUUCAAUCUACUGAUUAUAAAUUAAUAAGUAACAAGACGCCAUGCUGUUUAGUUAAUUGAUAAAUAUUUGCAAAAUGAAGUAUUUAUUGCUCCUUGUUCUUCUGAUAAUUGAUGUCACAGAUAUCGAUGGUCAUUUAUGUUCCAGACCAAUGGUGAAAAGAGAAGAAGUUUAUAUCUACAGGACCACAUCAGUUAUUUACGUGAAAGUUGUAAGAUGUUUAUACAAUGAUAAGAUAAAAAAGUACUACGAUAUUUCCGACAACUGUUUGAAAGCUUACACCAACGGCACAUUCACUACAAAAUAUGAUGAAACUUAUAAUAUUAGAAGACCUGAUAGUCCCGCACUAUUGGAGGUAUAUAUUACGAAGGUGGAUCUAUUAAAAAAUGAAGUCUUUUUGAGAUCGGGAACAAUAUGUAGAUACGACAGGGGAUUUUGCUACGAUCCAAGAGAAGCGUACAAUUACGCAGUUGUUUGGGAAGUAAUCCCCAAACCAAAAGUAAAGUUUCCAGAUACGCAAAAUCCAAUCUUCCACGGAUCUGUAGAUUUAUGGAAUUUCACUUCUAACAAUUUAACAUAUUUAUUUUACUAUGAUACACAUAUCGAUAUAUCUUUUGCAUUCAGACUCAAUAAUUACUUAGAUAACAAGGAACAAAUAUGGUACACCGACGAAAGUGGUUAUAUGGUAUCGUUGAAAAGUUUGGGUAAACCUUAUUAUUCAUUAAAAAAGCCAAGUAGAAAUCAUUUUCCGUUUAAAUCCAAGAGGUUUGUGAGUGAAGCUAUUCUAAGAGAUUGUGAUUUGAGAACUAAUGCUGUUGAUGGGGAUGUAGAAUUAGGUGCAGAAUAUUUAGUAGAUCCUGAAAAUCUGAAAAUAAUUUUAAGUCAGUAUCAAUCUCGUCUCCAUUUGAGUUAUAACUCUUUUUCUUCCAUAGAAAAAUACACCACAAAAUUAGAGAGUUAUAUGGAGGACUUAAAAUAUAAGAAAUCUUUGAAUUUAAGUUUAAAUAUUCUUUUCAAUAAAACAGCUGAGCUGGACGCGAAAACCAAACACUUACAUUUGAGCGAAGAACGAUUGUGGUUAAGUCUUAAUUCCAUAAAGGGAAAAAUAAAUUGUUUAAGAAAUACGUCAGACGAAUCCAUCGAAAAUGUUUUCAAUCAGUUUACACUCCAACUGCAAGCUCUAAAUAAAAGUAGUACGAUGUGUUUACAUAAAGUCAAUGGUAUAGAAACCGAAAAUAAGAAUAAGGAACUUUCAAAAACAAUUAUUUCAAUGGAGAAAUGUUUAAUAGAGUUACGGAACACCACUAACCAAAAAAUUGAGUUAUCAUAUUUAAAAAUAAGAAAAAUCGAAGAAGCUUUGAAUGAUUUUGAGAAGAAGUUAAAUGAAGAUCAUGAGGUAAAUGAUGAAAAAUUCAAUAAAACAGAAGAAAAUGUAAAACAAAUUCAGUUGUUAAAUAAAACAGUAUAUAACAUAGAAUAUACCCUCAAGAAUAAAAUCGAUAUCAUCGUUUCGUUAGCUGACAAAAUAUUAAAUUUGAAAAAUACAACGGAUACAUCGUUUGAAAAGUAUCAUUUUGAUUUGAAUCAGCUUAAUAUAUCUGUACAUGAGAAGAUGCAUUCAUUUGAUAAGCAUAUUAAGAAUUUGCUAAUCUUAGUGGAAUCAUACAAAUUUGUACAAAACGAUUCCAGGAAUUCAAUUGUAAAGGAAAUUGAGCAGAAUAUGAAGAAAAUGGUGGAAAGUAACAAAAAUUAUGCUGAUAAUAUAGAAAGUAGUAUUAUGGAGAAAUUUAAACCGAUAGUUGACCUAUUGAAUAAAGAUAGAAAAAGUCUUUUGGAACGAGUUGAUAACAUUACUGUUGAUAUUAAUAACAAUAUAAGGAAAUAUUUAAUUGAUAAUAGUAAACGUGUAGAAAACAUAAAUGAAAAAUUCAAUCAAACAACGGCACAUAUUUUAAAUGAAAUUAAUAAUACUAAUAAUAAAAUCAACAUCGGAGAAAAGAGAUUAAGAGAUUUUGUUUUCAAUAAAAAUGAAUCCAUGGAACAAUUCAAGUCUGAGUUAACUAUAUUAAAAAGUAGAUUAGAUUCUUUAAAUUUUGAUGUACUGAAAUUUAAAGAAGGUUUGUAUUCAAAUUUGAAAGACAUGUUGAAAGGUUAUUCGAUGGAAAAAAAAUAUUUAAGUGAUGAAAUAAGUAAUUUGAAACAAACGGCAUUUCAGGAUAAGAUUUAUAUAAAUGACACUUUCAAUAAAAUAAUCAAUGAAAAAGCUAAUUAUGUUGCAAAUCAGUUACAGUUAGCGAAUCGAGCAAUAGACGAAUUGAAUAAAUCAAUGAGCGAUUCUCGAAAUGAAUCCAAAGAAUUUUUAUUAAGUAUAUUAAAUUUGAGAGAGAAAAGUAUUUUAACGAAAUUGGAACCGCAGAUAACACUAUUAGAAAAUGAUAUCACUAAAUAUCGAAAUCAAACGGAAAAGCUUAUGACUGUUAUGGGAAAGGAGGUCAGUAAAUUUUAUAAAUCCUGCAAUCUAAAAUAUGAUACGCUUGAUAGAAAUAUUAUAGAUUUAAAUAGAACUAUAUUGAAUGGAGAAAAUAUUACUAAAGUGAAAAUUGACGAACUAGAAGAAAGAAUCAGUAGCUCAAAUUUGAAAAUAGAUAAUGUAGAAAAAAGUAUCGACCAUCUAAUUAUAAAUACUAGCUUAGUUAAUAAUCAUAUCGAAAAUAAUAAGAAUGUAACAACAAGUAUUGAGAAUCAAUUAUUUAGUCUAUCAAAAAAUCUUAAUAAAAUUGAAAGAGACGUUUCAAGAGUAUUAACUGAAGAAAUUACAAGAAUCAAUCAGAGUUUGGAAUAUAAUAGUGCAACAAUUGGAAAAGUUUUAACAGAUUUUAAUAAAACUUACGAUGAAGUUGGAGAAUAUUUUCGAGAAGCUAAGAGCAAUAUUUCAAUAAUCAGUUCUAAUAUGAGUAAUUUAGAGAAAAAUCUAAAUAUGGAGAGAGUGAAUAAUAUGAAAAUAACUACAGAAUAUACCAAAUUGAAGAAUGAAUUAGAAGACAAUAAACAAUUGAUUAUUAAUAACGAGAAGAUUAUAAAAGAGCUAAAUAAAAAUCUGGAAAAUUCCAAUAAACAAUAUUCUGCGAGCAUCAAUGAAAUUGCUGUGUUAAAAAAAGAAAUACAAGAAAUAAGGAAAGGGGAUAAAAUAAAAGAAAAUUCAUUUAAUGAGUCAUUAAAAAAUAUUAUGGAGUUAUUACGACAAAAAGAUGACGAGAUAAGCGCGAUUAAAACAGAACUCAAGCGAAUGUCUUCUUGUUGUAAUGAUAACAGAAACGAUUUGUUAGAAAAAACGAAGGAAGUUGAUGAAAUUAAAAAAAUGUUUAUUCAAAACAUUAAAGAUCUUAAAACACAACAUACAUCGUUUAACCACACAAUUAGACAAAUUUUAGAUAAUCUGGAAAUAGAAGUACCAGAUUCCCAAUGAAGAAACUUAAAUUAUUUGCAUGGUAACGGCUUUUUGAUGAAUAAAUAUUUCUGCAACAUUUCUCUUUUUUCUAAAUAAUCAAUGAAAAUCCAAAGCAAUGUGACCAUGACUGUUGGGCUGUAAUACUGUAUUUUCUUCGUUGGAACUACUUUCUUUGAAUGAUCAAGGUGUUUUGCAAUGUCUUCAAAAAAACUUUGUCGAUUUUAUCAAGUUUCCUUUGAUUUUAUCAUCAAGCACUACUUUGAUUUGCAAAUUUUGUACUUUAUUUUUGAAACUGUCGAUUUCUGUUCCAAAAUUUUUUUAUGGAUAGCAUUAACGAUCUUCGGUCAGUGAACCCUACGAAACGUUUUGAUUCGAUUUAUCUUUUAAAAACAUCAUUCGGCCUUGGAUAUCGUAAUGGGAAUUGUCACUAUAAUUUCUGAUACUUCUCUAGUUUAUUUCUCAUAUCUACUAAAUGGUUUUUGAUUAAAAAUUUUGUUAGAACAUUCAAUGCCCUGCAAUAAUUUCGUGAAUAAAUAAUAGACAUUUCAGUUUGUAAUCGUGAUUUAUCAAGAAGUUUUCUAAAUAGAAAAAUGAUGUGAUU